AUGGUGGAAACGCGCUCGACCAUGGAUGUCCACAAAGAAGCCAGAACAAUAAUCAUUGAGGCGAAUAAGUCGGGCAACAUGGACGCAGUAAGGGUCCAAGCGAUACCCCCCAAAGUCUGGGGAGAAGUUUGUACGACACUGGACUGUCAACGGCUCUUACAAUAUAAUAGACUGCUACUACAGACCUCAUUUAUGAGGGAGAUGGAAGCAAUCAUUGCGGAGAAGGAGAAGGCUGAACAACCAGCCUUCACCCACCGUAAAAUACAAGAAGCCGUACCAGUACCAGUACCCGCGCAGGCGAGACCACCGAUGCUCGAUUUAACCAAUGUCAACCAGCAGCAGCAGCAGCCGAUGUUAGAAGAGGUCUACUAUGCUGACAGAAGCUCAGACGGGCACAGACGCGACAGAAGGCACACGUUGACGACCGACGAAUGGUCGCACAUCGAUUAUUUAGUGGGAGACCCUGGUCAGAUGUUAAACCAGUUGAAAGGCGUACGAAUGUCACCAGAGAGAGCAUUCGAAGUUCGUAAUAAGAUACUACGCAAGACACUGGUCGACCCAGAGAUUGAUGAUUCGGACAAGUUGAUAGCCAGAAUCAACCAAUUGAUUGACAAGGGCCUCAUAUCGCACGACCUGUCGGUGAACAUUUUGCUAAGUUGCAUAGCGUACGGUAAAGAAGGUACUAUGCAGAGAAUCGAGUCCGGCCAGAUACUUAAGCCACUAGGGGUAUACAAUGUUAGCUCGCGGAAACGACCCGAGGAACGCAAGACAAAACCCCAGGCUAAGCAGACCGCAGCGAACUCGACGCACAAGAAGAAAUACCCAGGCAACAGUGCCAACCAGAACAGAAGAGGUAGUCUUCCCAAGACGACGGAAGCUACCAAGAACCGGUCGCAGGGGACUAAAUAG